AUGCAAACCGAUUCUUUGCUGGUAUUGUUGAUUUUUCUGGUCAAUUUUGAUCUACAUGGAGCACAAGUUCCACUCGCUGAAUAUCAGUGCGGUACUGAUAUCACAACCAGAUUCAUGUCAAACUUGAUGACGUCAUCCUGCGACCAGAUCGGAAUCAAUGUGUGCUGUAUUCAUCAUGACGAAUGUUACUCGUCCUGUGCGGAGACGCAGUUAUCCUGUGAUGCCACGUUCUGUACUUGUAUCGCCGCUCUCGAUGCCAGCAUCUAUUGUCGAAAUGUGGUCUACGCUUGGCACUGCAAUGCUGUUCAGUGGCUUGGACACCGCUUUAUUUGUCCCCCUAUGGGUCAACCACUCUUUGGUGGAUAG